AUGGAUGAAAAUCAAAUUUCAGAAGAGGAGGCGAUGAAUUCUAUUCUAAUUGAAAUUAAUGAACAGGAAACGCAGAUUUGUUUACCAGAGAAAUCCGCUCAAUGUCAAGCAAUGAUUUACGAUGAGGUUAGACCUAUUAGUAGUAAGAGACGCAGAGAAGAGGAUGAGGAAAAAAGGUGGAUUACGGUUUCAAGAAAUGAGAAGAGAGUGGGACAGAAAGUUGAUGUAUAUAUUAAUUGCUUCGAAAAAUUACCUAAACAGCUUGCUCUUGCAAAACUUUUAAAAACCAAUAAUAUUAAGCAUAUCAGCCGUGUGAAAUAUGUGAACGCGUAUAAAGUAUUUGUGCAGUUUGAAUGUGCAGAAAGUGCUGAUGAGCUGAUGAACUGUAAACCUUUUAAGGAGUUAGGAUGGAGAUUUCAAAAGCCAUUAGAGGUUGCUUUUUCAUACGGUGUCAUUAAGGAUAUUGAGCUGGAGAUGACCGAAAACGAAAUGCUGGAGGUAAUUUCAAGUGAUUGCGAGCUAAUAGGUGUAAAACGCUUAAAGUGCAGAAAAACGGAUGGAAAGGGAUGGGAAGAUAGUGAAUCAAUACGGUUGCAAUUUAAGGGCUCAUCAUUGUCAGCAUCAGUAUACAUUUACGGCAUGAAGAUUAACGUCGACCCCUAUGUCUUCCCAGUCACUCAAUGUUCAAGGCGUUGGAGGUUCGGUCAUAGCCUACGUGUUUGCCCCUCUAAAAAGAUUGUAUGCCGUAAGUGUGGAAACGGGCAUGCUAAUUGUGAGAUCACAACAUUUAGAUGUAUUUACUGUAUCAUGACUCACAUGUCGUUGGAUAGAUCUUGUCCUAUAUUUAUAAAAGAAAAGCGUCUAAGGAGUUUAAUGGCUGAAUUCAAUUGCUCAUAUAAGAAGGCCUUACAAAUAUAUAUUCCUCCAGAACCUCAACCUGUACAAGUAGAACAAGAAACAGCUAUAUUAAAGACGGCUCAAAGAUAUCUCAACCCAAAUACACCUUUAUAUAAUAAUAUGCCUGAACCCAUACCUGUGUUCUCUAUCUCACAAAACGAAGAUGGGGUAAUGUCUUACGCAAAUGUUACUCGAUCGGUACCGCGCUUACGUUCUGAAAUUACUUCUAAUACUAAAUCAAUACCAUUAACAUCACAAUCGGGUGCUAUGGAGGUUUCGCAAACUUUACAAGAAAAAACUAUAAGUACAAAGAGAAAUAGGAAAAAGAAGCAAAAUCAGAAUGAAGUGUUUGAAAAUGAUAUAUCUACAGAAUCAGAAGAAGUAAUUAAUAAUAAUGAUGAUGAUAUGAAAACUACUCGCGUUAAAUUAGUAAACGGAAUAGUACAGGAGUCAUCCCCUGACAUUUCUAUUGCUUCUUCGGAUUUAGCGUUGCAGUUAGAUUGGAAGGUUACUAAUGAGUCAUUGAGUAGUGAUCAUUUGAUUGUUAAGAUUAAUUUAUCUCAUCACAAUAGUCACCAUCAAUUUCUAAAGAAAAGGAACUAUAAGAAAGCAAACUGGGAUGGAUAUAGCUCCUAUUUAGAAUAUAAAUUUUCAAGUUUUGCUUUUAUCAAUAAUGAUCCGCAGAAAAAUUACGAUUUAUUUCUUAAUAUGGUCAAUGAAGCCGCUGAUGCUCAUAUUCCUUUUUACAGAACCAGCCAAGAUCCCUCACAACAUUUUUCUCCUAAAGUAUAUUGGAAUACCAACUUACCUAAAUCUGUUGCAGAAAGACGCCUAGCUCUUGCUUUAUUUAGGAAAAACCCUACUCAUCAGGAGUUGCGUUGCGUUGCGAACUUAGAUAAAUUAAAAGAUAAAAUUAGAAUUUCACAACUGCUAAUUAGAAUGGCAACUAGAAAAUCUUUCUCUAAUUUUUGCUCUUCGAUUGAUGAGUCUAUUACUGUACACGGAAUGUGGCAAAAAAUUGAAGUGGUUAAAAGGUUAUGGGUGUUCUAA